AGCAGGUGCAAUCACUCCUUGAGAAUGGCAGUGGUAGUGCUGAUAUCUCUCAUCCUCCUCUCUCUGGGGUUUGCAGUAUGUUUAGGUGCUGAGGAGUGUGUGUACGCUGCUGUUGGGAGGAACAAGGUGAUUGACCAAGAUCACCCAGGCCUGGAGUUGCUUGGAGAGUCAUUUCACUUACGGUGGACCCAUGACUCUAUAAUAGUUUACGACAACAGGAAACCUACUGAGCAGAAACAUCAGACCACACCGAAUGGUUCUCUGUUACUAAAUAACCUUCAGCUGGAUAAUACAGGGACUUACCAGGUCAACAUCUACGACGACAUGGGAAAACUCAUUAGGUCUUCCACAACUCACCUGUGUGUGGUCUCGCCUGUGUCUAAACCACGUCUGACACAGAAAUGUACUGAUACAUCUGUCAGUCUGAGGUGUGAUGUGGGCAACUCUGUGGAUGUUAAAGUGGUGUGGAGCCAUAACAGACAAACACUGCCAGACCACAAUGACACAACUCUGACAAUAACCAAGGCAAUGCUCAAACCUGUAGACAGCUACGUGUGUACAGUGAGUAAUAAAGCGAGUGAAGAGAAGAGUGACGAUGUUAACCCUGAAUGUGCAGAUGAUUCUUCCUCUACAGUGCUCUUGUUUGGGAUGAAGCCAUGGCUGAUGGUGGUGAUUCUGGCUAGUGGAGGUGGUCUGCUCCUCAUCCUCAUCAUCAUCACCUUGGUGUGUGUCUGCCAGAGCCGCAGGCAGCGCGCGAGACGCCUAGAAGAGGAGGAGGAGAUGAGACUUGCGCCCCUCACCCAGCCCACGCGUCAAGCAUCCCUCCAUCACCACCAUCCCCCACAAAGAUCCCAGAGCCAAACCCGGCCAAAGAACAGAGCUACGUCGCAGGCCACACCAAACUCCAGACACCAGCUUCGACCCAGGCCUCCACAGCCAGAAUCAGAUGAUGCUCAGCCCAUACCAAUGCCCAGACGGACAGGUCCCCAGAACCACAGGAGUUAGUUGUGUGCAUGUGCAUGUGCGUGUGUGGGCGUGUGUGCCUGCAUUCUUUCAUUCUUGUUAACCACAACAAUCCCUGUAGUCACACAGUGGUUCACACUUUGGUUGCAGCAGUUACAAAUAAAGAGCAAUG